ACAUGGCGGAAGCUGCUGUAGAAAACAGACCGACUUUAAACAGAUUUUACUGUCAUAGCUGCUCACAAGAAAUAAGUCCAAAACCAGACUAUACCUGCCCCAGAUGUGAUAAUGGUUUCAUAGAAGAAAUUACAGAAGGGUUUCAGGAGACAGAUGAACAACCUCCAACAGAGCCAACAGUUGACCCAGCCGCUCAGUUUGCAGAGCUAUGGGGUAGAGCUUUUUUAGACAGCUUUCAGAAUCAAGUUUCUGGGUCAACAGCUCCAACAAGGGAGCGGACAGAAGACUCUGAUUCAGAAGAGGAAGAGAGGAACCAUCCACAACCUCAUGGACUUCGUCCAUCUAGGAUAAGACCAUUCAGGAUUUCUGUCAGAACAGGCAAUCGACGUCCGGUAAAUCGACAGCAGCAACAUAUACAUGGGUUACUACAAAUGUUUGUAGAUAGGUUAACAGGAGAAAUGGGACAGCCAGUGAACUUCAUGCCGAUCCAUGGUAACCCAGGUGACUACGCCUGGGGCGUUAGUGGAUUAGAUAACAUUAUAACUCAGUUGCUGAACCAGCUUGAGGGUUCAGGACCUGCCCCUGCAGACAAAACUAAGAUAGAUUCCUUACCUACAGUAAUGGUUUCACAGAAACAAGUGUCUGAGACUAUACAGUGUUCUAUUUGUAUGGAAGAUUUUAAUUUAAAUGAAGCAGUUAAAAGGCUACCUUGUGAACAUCAUUACCAUAAGGACUGCAUUGUACCCUGGUUGGAAAUGCAUGGAACCUGUCCAGUAUGUAGAAAGGACUUAAAUGGUAUUGACUCGUCUCUGAAGGAUGAUUAUCCCAACCCUGUAGAUAUAAUGGACACUGCCUCUGGAGGCCAAGACCAGGAUUCUGUAACUAAUGACGAUGAUGUUUAAGUGACACCCCUGUUAGAUGUUUAAUAUGUGAUAGCUAUAUUGUAGAAGGCUGCUAUGCAAUGCUAAAACUUGAUUACUUUUACCAGGUACUCUAGCAUUUAUUUUGCAGGUCUUUUAAGUCAACAGUAAAAACUAAAAUACAUUUUGCAAACUUUUUUUAUUGGAUAUUUAUAUUUCAUUUAAAUGCAUCUUUAUCUUCUGCAGAGCCCAAAUAUUCUCUUAAACACUGAAAUGGAAAUGUAGUUGACAUUUUUUUCUUUUCAUUGUUUAAAAGAAGACAAAAAGAAAAAGCCAUUUGGAAAAUCAAGUCUGCACAUUUAUUAAAAAAACACCUUUCACAAAAAGCAAAUGGCAUAUGCCUUUAUCAAAAUAAAAAAAUUCUAUAUCACAUUCAACAAAUCGCACAUUUACUAAAAUACAUUUUGUAUUUGGCGAAAAGUCUCCACACUUGGCAAACAGUAUUUUGUAUUUAGCAUUGCGCAUUGACCUUCUUUACCAUAGGCAUGCUGGGAUAAGUGACAACUGUUUGUGGAUGUCAUUCCUGACUGGAACAGGUGCCAACAUGUUUAAAAGGAGUCUGGACCAUUCUUCAAUCAUAGAGUUGAUGAAUUUGUGUAAUGCAGAGAAUACAUCAAUUUUUAGAUAUGUGCCCAUUGCUCCUAAUACUUACUGGUACACAAUGUCAACUUGAGGCAAAAAUCAGGGGAAAAAUACAAAAAUAAAGGUAGAGACUUUCAUGAAAUUUUUCUCAGUCAAGCCAUGAGCAACUGUUUUCAUUGGCUUUGCAUUAACUAGUAUGUAGUAGUAGCAAAGCUAAUCUAGGUUGCAUGAAUUUUUUUUUUUUUCAUGAUAACAUUGAAUUUUGCAUCGUUUCAGACAUUUUACAGAAAAUUAUGUGACUGUGAAUUAAGUAUCACCAGAAGUAGUAUUUCUAUAUUUUCUACUAAAUAUGUCAAGAAAAAAUAAAAAAUUCAAGAAAAUGGUUUUAUUGGAGAUAAAAUGGUCAAGCAACUUGGAAUGUAAAUUGUAGAGCAAAGUUCUGAAACUCUCUACCUUUAUGCCUCUCCAUCAGUAGAAACUUUAAUUGUUUAUGUAUCUAACAUAAAAACAUAUUUAAUUUAAACGGUAAAUAUCACAGUGUUAACCAUUGUUGUUAUCCUAUUUUCUGUGUAUAUGUGCAUGAAGACUAGCCUGCAAUUUAGUGUGUGAUGAUUUAAAGGGCUAGUGUAUAAGUGGGAAAGGAAUAAAUGGUGUCUCGUAAAAAUGAAAAAAAAACCGUAUGUAUGUGGACAUGCCAGUGAUAGGUGUGAUAUUGAUUUAUAAAAAGCUGGCAGUUGAUGUGAUAGCAGUAUUAAAGUGUGGUUUAAAUUGAGAGAUAAUUUAUAGUAUAAGGUAUAUGGGUCAGUCCCAGAUGUGGACAAGGUGAAUACACUUGUUCAUGUUUUAGUCAAGCUGCUGUUACAUGUGGUAUAUAUUUCUUUUUAUUAGCUUGCCUAUUGAAAUAUUACUUUUGAUAGCAAUCUCUUAAUAUACGAUUUCAUUUUUGGCAUAUUUAUGAAAUGAUACGAUAUGUCUUACAUAUAUUGAAUGCUAUCAGUUGUAAGCUGUAAAUCAGUUUUUACUGGAUUAAUGAAUUUUUUUACCUUUCUUGUGUAUCAGCCAUUUGUAUGCCAUUCUGAUAUUUAUCUCAUUUAUUAAAGAAGCACAAAAGCCUUUUUCUGCUUUAUCUCAAAAAUUUUAAUUAAACAUACCAAAUUUAUAGCACAUGUAGUGUGUAAGGGUUGGUGUGUGAAUAUGUGUGUAAAGUAUGUAGUCUGACACAUGACAGGUUGUUACUGUUGGUUAAAGUUCCCUCAUUUGUUUUAUUGUGAUCAGCUGAUUUUUUCUUUUGUCCCACCUUGUCACAAAAGGUAGGCUGAUUAAAUCACAUUUUGUCCAUGGUCCAUCGUCUGUAAACAAUUCUUGCCUAUCACAACUCCUCUGAAAGUCCUUAGGAUCUUCUCCAGAUUGUCAAUACACAUGUCCCUUGGUCCCUGGUUGGUCCCAACAGAUUUUCAGGUUGAUGAGAUUUUUAUUAUCUUGGAAAAUUUUCAUGGAGCAUAAAGUCACUGCCUUGUCAAGAUUUUCGUCAGUGGCCAUAUUGGCUUAUUGCUACUUUUCAAAUGCUAAUGGCAUCAAUUUUGUUUUUGCUGUGUAAGUUGUGUCCAAUUUCUUGAUAGCAUAUCAUUUCAUGAAUGAUCAUGUCAGUGGGUACAUCCUGGGAAGUCUUAAGCUUAAUCAGUAGAAAAGUAGGCCAUUUUGAUCUAAAUUUUGACUUUUGACACAGUUCAUAGAAAAGCCUUGUUUCUAAUUAUGUCUCCUACCCUGUUUCAAAUGGAAUCACCAAACCAGAGGGACAAUUUCGGCAAGAGGAGAGUCACACUUUGCAAAUUUUACAACCAGGAUGUCGGGUGGCCCAUACAAGACUAAAGCUCCUCACUAGAUAAUCACACCUUUCCCUCUCAAUGUGGGUGCCAACAUACCUCUAGGAUCUCAUGUGUUUGUUUGGUUAUUCUUUCUUUUUGAUUUAUUAGAUCACCAGGUUAGAAGGCUAAGUCAGCUUUGGCUAUGGUGUAGUAAACAUCUUCAUCUUUUAAAAGGCAUGUAGUUCAUUCGGAAUUUUUAGGAACUUAUUAUUUGGCAAAGUCUCUUAGAAAGAGAUGGUCAUCUUCGAUAUUCGAUUUUGACAAGUAUUUUUUGGGUAACUAUCAUUGAUCUUCAUAAUGCUUUCAUGGUCCUGAAUACAGACGGGUUAAUUUAUGGUCAAUUGAAAAUGUAAAUGAAAACACUAUUAUUUGAUCAGAUUAAUUGAGAUGCUCUGGCCGAAAAAUAAUGCAGGUAAAAUCCGAAUCAGACAGACAGAUUGAACUCACUGUGCAAAAUAGAAAAAAAUAGAUGGGGAAGUUUCAACCCAAUUUAAAAGACAUCCAUUAUCAGCUGUCACUUUUGAUUAAUACAUAUUACAAGGGUAUUUGACACGUGUAGGAUGAGAAAAAAGACCCGGACACCUGUUGGAGCCCCUGGGUAACUUGAAGAUGAAAAAUUGUACAAAUAGCCAUGUCAUUAUAAUUACUCUUCAAGUCAGUAACUAAUGGCCAGGAUAGUCUGAAAUUAGUGGAAAACAUUUCUGGAACUUUUCCUUUUCGAAUGGCAAUGGAACAGGUGAGUGAUAAAGGUUCUCACAGGCCUGUUAUGUAUUUCAUCACAAAAGGUGGCCUACAUGAACGAGAUUGAUUGACAAGUAAUAUGAUAAAAGUUAAUAUUUUCUUGCUGAUGUAUUAACAAAACACAAAUAUCCAUCUGCAAUUAAAAUGGUCUUAACCAG